AUGGUGGUUGUUCCCAUCACUGUGAACACGCAAUUGGUGCUCCCUGUUGUUCCUUGUGAAGAAGCCUACAGAAUUGGAAAUGACAGAAAAACUUCCACCUCUUUAGAUGAUGAUGAGCUAGAGGAAGAAGAGGAAUUAGAAGUUGUGAGGUUUCCAGGUCUUCUAUUCAAGAGUCCACCUCAACAGCUUCAUUAUGUUAUUACCUUUCUGCCUCCCACCUACAAAGAUGAAGAAGAUGAGGAGGAAGAAGAAAAAGAUAUUCGUAGAGAACUGACUGCUUUGCACAAAUGUGUCUGUUUAGAUUACAUCUUCAGACACAAUUGCAGCUUGAGCUGCAAGGACCACAUGAAUGGAGGAAAGUGCCAGGAAAGAAAGAGUGAUUGCUCCUGCCCAGCAGGUUGGGGUGGCAUUCUUGUAAUGAAAACUGUCCCAAGGGUACCUGCGGAGCUGGCUGCUCUUCAGAAUGUCAGUGUGUGGAGGAGAACACCCUGGAAUGCAGUGCCAAAAAUGGUAGUUGCAUCUGCAAAUCUGGUUACCAAGGCAACAGAUGCCAGAAAGAUGGCCUCUGGGGACCAGAGUGCUGGCUCUCCUAUGUGCCCUGUGAAAAUGGAGGUCAGCGCAACAGAAAAACUGGAAGUUGUGACUGCACUCCUGCUUACACAGGAAAAUCAAGUACCAUAUAGAGAUGCAUUUCCCUUACCAAUCUGGCUCUCAGCAGGCGGUCCAGCCUGAUGAAGUACUAGCAAAAUGUCAGCUCCCACAGAGAAGUGCGACAGAGUCGACAGUGCAGCAGUGACAGGCCUUUCAAAAAGCUAUUUUGCAAAUUCAGCUUUAAAAUAGGGAUGUGGUUGAGGACUGAUGGGUAUUUCAUUAUCAAUGUGUUCAUCUCCCCAUCAUCCAAAGGAAUGGAAGGGAGUCAUGGUGCAGCUGAUAGAAAACCAUUAAGUUGAGUAGUGGUGGAUUUGGUCUUUAGAAGAUUUGUUUUCCUAUCUGUAUUUUCAAAAAUUAGUAUUCAAAUUAGCCGUCAUUUUUAGCACAUAUCUGCUAAAGGUGGUGGGGGUGGGGGGCAAGAGUUGUUCUUUUUUUCUGCUUGAUCACUUUCCAGUGUCUCAAAUAGAUCAUUAAAAACAAAGUUAAUCUUGUCAUUACUUUAUAAACUUCAUUGAACUAUGGAUACUGUUUAUAAUGAAGUCUAUAGCACUAAACACCUGUCUCUAGUUGGCUUUUGACCAUGCUCACAUACACCUCACAUAUUUUAGUCAUUCUUUCAAGCAUCAUGUACAUUGAAAACAUGGUGUCAUUGUUCAUUGCUCUUUCCUGUAACACAUGUUUUCUUCCUCUAUUUUUAUUACCCCUUAAAAUUCCUCAAGCAUUUUUAUUUUCCAGUAUAUAUAAACUAACAAAAUACUAGAGCCUUUCCUUCCAUAGCAGCAUCAAGCAUAUUGUAUUAUAAUUAGUCGCCUGCUAAGACUAUUUAUCAUUAAUUUUUAAGACUAUUUUAAGACUAUCAUUAAUUUUUGUACCCACCUCCCUCCACUUUUCAAUAUAGAAAGGGUACUCAACAAAGAUUUGCUAGAUUAAAGAACAUUCUUGACAACUUAAAAUUACAUUGAAAUAAUUCAGAGUUUAAAAAAAAAAAAGACGGAAAACACAGUGUUCAUGAUACUAAAAAAUACCCAAUGGUCAAUAUUUGUUAAACUGGAUUGAAUUACUCAGUCUUUAAAGAUAGCAAGAGGAAAUCAAGAAAGCAUAGUACCGUAGCUUCACUGGUCUCUACUCCAUUUCUGAAAACACUUUUCACAAGAAGCCUUUUCAACUGGAUUAGAAGAUUAACAUCAGACAAUGAUGAUUCCUAAGCUUCAUCUCAAGAGUCCAGAUUUAUUUCCUUCUAUAUUCAUGUUCAACUGCAUGCAAUCGUUUCUUUUAAAUGCAACAGAGUUACCUUAGAAAAGUGAAUAAAUGUCGUCUGGGCACAGUGGCUCAUACCUGUAAUCCCAGCCUUUUGGGAGGCUGAGGUGGGUAGAUUACUUGAGGUCAGGAGUUCAAAACCAGGCUGGCCAACAUGGUGAAACCCAUCUCUACUACAAAUACAAAUAUUAGCCAGGUAUAGUGGCACAUGCCUGUAAUCCUAGCUAUUUGGAAGGCCGAGGCAGGAGAAUCACUUAAACACAGGAGGUGGAGAUUGAAGUGAGCUGAGAUUACACCAUUGCACUCCAGCCUGGG